AUGGAAGGUUUAUCAAAUCCACUUAUAGCCGAAUUAAUAGCCACUGAAGAGUGCUAUAUAAAUACAUUGAACAAAGUUGUCAGUGGCUACAUGGUUGAGUACUUUAAUGAAAUUAGUAAAAUUCCUGUACCUGAAGAUUUGAAGAAAUACGAUGCUGAUUCGAUAUUUGGCAAUAUUACUGAAAUCCAUGAUUGGCAUAAAAAUUAUUUUUUAGAAGCAUUGAAGGACAAUUCAGAUUCUUUUCCUGGUUUGAGUAAAGUUUUCAUCCAGAAUAAAUCUCAAUUUGACAUGUAUCAAAAAUACAUCAGCAAUAUACCAAUAUCGAAUUAUCUGAUCGAAAAGUACAUUAAUUAUUUUGAUCAAAUCCAAAAGAUGUUGAAGCAAAAAAAUAGUAUAAAAGACUUCAUUAGAGCUCCCGCACAAAGAAUAUGUCGUUUCAAAAUGCUGCUCAAUGAAAUUGUAAAACAGCUUACAAAUAAAAAUUUAGUUGAGGAUGCAAACUGUAUAAAAGAAGCAUUAACCAUGAUUGAGAAUUGUUUUUACGAAUUAGAUAAAAUACCCUGUUUUACUGAUUUAACAAAGUUCGAUGGUAUUUUAUUGGCCCAAGGAAAACUUUUACAUUGCGGUUCUCUAAUGUGUACCUACAAUGGGAAACUACGCCAAUUAUACGUAUUUAUUUUCAGGCGGUUGAUCUUAUUUACGAAAAGGAAACAACAUAAAUAUAGCAGUAUUUACAAGUCUUAUCUGCAGAUACCGAUAAAUAUGUUGGAACUGAAGGAGUUGAACAAUAGCACGUUUUCCCUUCAAGUAACGGAUCCGAAUAAACCCAAAUACAGUAUUAUUUGUGAGAGCAACGCAGAGGAUCUUUAUACAAAAUGGAUACAGAUCAUUAAACAGCAAAUAGAGUAAUUAAAUUAAUUUUCAUUAAGAUAUUGUGCAUCAGAUAUCAGAAGAUUGUUAUUGUAAAAAGUAAUAUAUAUAUGUAUGUACAUUAGGGAUAUAACUAUUGACAUUUUUUGCAAAAAUGCAAAUUGGCAUAGCAUAGUCGAAUAGAGCAUUACAAAAUAUGAAAAA